AAAAAUUGACUAUGUUUUACAUUUUGAGGAAUCAUUAAUUGAAUUAAAAGUGAUAAGAAGAAACCACAUAUUUAGAAAAACGUUUUGUUUACAAAAUUAGGCAUUGUUUACAAAGCUGCUGUUUUAUACACGAUUGCUCAACCACCAGCAGUCACAUGCCGGUAACGUGUUUCGUUUCUAAUGCCUUGUACGAGGUGUAAUGUACACAAAAUCGAGAUGUUUUGUCUCGUUUUGUUCUUUUGUUAUGUUUUAAGCUGACAGAAGAAUGGCUGAGAAAUGGAUUGGCGACGUCUACAACGAAUGGUGUGCGAUAAUUUUUGUAAACUUUUACAAAGGCAGACAUACACGUUUUUAUCCUCAAGGCAUGGAAUGCUGCUCUGCUUUGCUGCCCUGCUGUUUGGCUUCGUUUCGAUCGUACAGUUCGGGGAAGUUGCUCUAGAAUGGAGUGUGGUACGGUAUCAAAAAACAUUGUUUCCAUAUGUAGAUAAUAUUUUACACAAAUCUUUUCAAGACAGAUUAUGUCUACCCUUGCCCAUCGAUGUUGUUUAUACAUGGGUGAAUGGAACAGACCCACGGUUGUUGAAACAGCUUACGAAGUUGAAAUCGGAAAUGGAACAGCGAUUAAAUGAUAGCAUUUCGUCGGAAAAUAAUAAUACUGAACAAUUAACUAUGGACAAAGCUGGUGCCCACAAGGAAAAGGGGGCAACCCCACCAGAGGGGUGCCCCUAUAAAAACUGUGUUGCCUUGAACACGUUAGUCUUAAAAAUACAUUCUCUAAUAACUGUUGCAGACUUGAAAAAGAUAGAUCCGGUUUUCCAAGCGGCAUCUAGUGUGUAUAAUGUAAGUAUGAAAUCCAGUUCUAAAUCCGAUUCCAAAAAAGCUAGACUGACUGUGGUCAAAUUCCCAGAUGAAAACUCUCUCAAGCGUGCUGUGGAUAGGUCAUUUAACAUAAAUGGUGAAAAGGUGGUGGCGCAGCGAGCGUACCUUACCAGUCAGUCCACAGAGCUAGCUGUACGGAUGCGUGCAAUGGCAUUGGUCUCCACUGUAAAGAUAUCCAAUGAUAAAGCCAAUGCCUUUAAAAGUUUUCUACAAGGCCGCUUUGAGACAAGAGCUUUAGACUACUAUUAUAAAGAAAAAGUUGCAGUGUUGACUUUUAAAGAUGACCAGAGCUAUCAGGAAGCUAUAAAAUUGAAGAAGGGCAAUGUUAAAUUCCAGGGGCUCCCGCUUGUGUUUGAACCUGUCCUCAUGGUGUGGGAACCAUUUUCAAGUAUCGACCUCGAAAACUACGACAACCAUUUUUCCACAAGUCGGUUUGCUGACAACCAGGAAUUACGAUACUCUUUGAGAUCAGUUGAAACGUUCGCUCCUUGGGUUAGACAAAUUUUUAUUGUUACAAAUGGGCAAAUCCCCAGUUGGUUAAAUCUAGAUAAUCCUCGGAUUAAGAUUGUAACUCAUGCUGAGAUUUUCGCAAACAAAAGUCACCUUCCAACAUUCAGUUCUCCUGCAAUUGAGUCACAUCUUCAUAAAAUCCCGGGAUUGUCGAAAAAAUUUAUCUAUCUUAACGAUGAUGUCAUGUUCGGAGAAGAAGUGUGGCCCGAUGAUUUUUAUACCCACGCAAAAGGUCAGAAGGUAUUUCUCUCAUGGCCUGUUCCAAACUGUAACGAAGGCUGUCCAGCAACAUGGAUUAAUGAUAAGUACUGUGAUAAAGCAUGCAAUGUUUCCGAGUGUGAUUGGGAUGGUGGAGAUUGCCUUAACUCCAAGACAAAACCUCCAAAUAAUUGGCAAAGUGUAAUAUCAAAUAUGAAGAAAAAUAAACCCCGUAAUUUUUGCAACUCUGGUUGUGCAGAUUCCUGGAUUGGUGAUCGGUAUUGCGAUGGUGCUUGCAAUCACCCGGCAUGCGGGUUUGAUGCCGGCGACUGUGGAGUUAAACAAUUUUCUGAACUGCAUUCUGAAAUCUUGUGUGAAAAUAGUACAGUUUUUCACUUGCCGAAUGGGCUUAAAGCUGCGUUCUUUAAUUUAUCAGAGGUUUAUGGAGAAGGGAAAAUCACAGAAGGGGAGCAAGACGGUUCAAGCAUUUUACGUUCGGUAACAAUUGCUCAAAAGUUUAAAGCAAUGAUAAUCACAUUUUAUCCAAACGAGACAUUGACCACAGUGAACAUUCGCUUGGCUGGGUUGAAGAAAACUAACGACACCAAAUUGACUGAAGUGAAAUUUAAUCUUACCAUUGAAACUAUUACCAAACCUAAGAUUGAAAUGACUGUAAAAGCUAAUGAAGAUGUUUUGGCUAUCCAAGCGAAUGUCUCUGAAUUGAGAGUCCAAACAACUUUAUAUCCUAUACGAAUCUAUAAUGCAAGUGAUAAUAUGAAUUAUUGGAAUGCAGCAGAUGCAAAAUUAUCUGCAUCAACGUGGCCAACGGUAGGUGCAAAUGAAUACUGUGUUCCAGAAAUCCCUAGGAAUGUAAAUGUUCCCGAAGAGGUUUUGAAAAAAUUCACUGAACUUGAGGAAGAUUUUAAGAUUGGUGAUAUUACAGAGAAAGGAUUCAACAGGAAGAAAGCAAGACUGAUCAAGGAAACAUUGGGGAUAACUUGUAGUUCAGAUUUUCAACCCACCACAGUCAGAGCUGAGAUGUCAUACAUGAAGUCCAUGACAAAAACUAUGUUAGUACCAAGUCAUGGUCAGAUCACAACAAGUAGUCCAAAUAUCAACAAGGUACAACAAAGUUGGACAUCCUUUUAUUUCAUUUUUCUCUUCCAUUUCUUCCUUACCUUUCCUUUGUUUCCUUCCUUUCUUUUCCUUUCUUUAAAUUUCUACCUUCUUUCCUUCCAUCUAUCCUUCCCUUCUUUUCAAUCUUUCCUCCUUUCCUUCCUUCUCCCUCCUGCCAUCCAUCCACCCUCCCUCCUUCUACCUCCUUUCCUCCCUCCUUCCCCCCACCCCCCCUCCUUCACCCCUUUACCCUCCCUCUCUUCCUUCACCCUCCCUUCCUUCACCCUCCCUCCCUCCACCUCCCUCCUUCCGAGAUUGAAUGUAUAAAAUUCAGAUGUCCAAAUCCAAAUUCACCCAGAAAAUUGAGGUGGAUAAACAUCUUUUUGAAAGCUUACUUGCCAAAUUCACGAUACAUUUUGAAUACAGAUACCCCAAAACAUCCCUUCCCUGCCUUUUUACUGCACAUAUAAAUCUUGAUAAAAUCCCCCAAUCCAUUCAUUUAGGCUGGAGAUUCCCCAAACCACUUCUCACGGCAUCUUAACAAGUUUGAAGAAGCAGCCACGGAAAAUACAGGAUUCCUGCCGUGGGAACGCCAGCAAAUAUUCAAACGCAUCCAAGACCGCAAAGAGCAACAAAUACUUGAAGAACGCUACAAAACAACAUUUCACCAAAGAAGCCUUUUGGAUGCGUUUUCUGGUUCCCUACUACACGUGAACCGCAUCUACAACCGGGCGUUUGGCUACAAAGCAAGAAAAGUGCCUUCUCAUAUGCCACAUAUGGUAGACGUGGAUGUCAUGAAGGAACUACAGGCCAAGUUUCCAAAGGAGUUCGAUGCAACUUCCUCGAACAAGUUACGGAGUAAAAAUGACAUGCAAUUUGCAUUGUCGUAUUUCUACUUCGUUAUUGAUCAGACCAAGGAGUUUGAUGUUUCUCGAGUGUUUCGGGAGGUCGACGCCGAUAAAUCUGGUAGGUUAAUACAGGCAGCCAAACUCUGUUCACAACCCUGAAACCUGUGAAUGUUUGAAAUCAGUGGGAAGCUAGUCAUGGUAACUGGUCAAGCUAUGCUAAUAAACCUGCAUCCAAAUAGAUUAAAGACAACACAUUUCUAAAGGUUUUAGUAAUGAAAAUCAUUAAAAAUUUGCAUACCAUCACCUGUUGUUAUAGCUAGCUUCACUACUGUUUGAAAUAAACAAGACUAGACCAUAGACUAUGACUUAGGCUGCAUAGUAGUCGCUUUAUUAUUUUGAAGAUUUUUGAAUAUACUGUAUGGCAGUUUAGAAAAAGAAAGAAAAAAAGGGCAGAAAAAACGGGCGAUGGAAAAUUUUUCUUCGCCCAUUUUUUCUAACCCGCCAUAUAUUCAAAAAUCCUCAAAAUCUUCAAUAAAAUAAAGCGACUGCUAUGCUAUAACUUUCUUCAUACUAGGCUAGGUAGCUCUAUUAGUUCCAUCUAAAGUGUUCUUCCUACAUGUGCAGGUGUUACUACAGGAAGAAACCGGAAUACCUCGGAGAAAACUUGCAGUGUUUGUUUGAGUGACACGGGAAUAAAACCCUGAUCGGCCCCUGAUCACAGGGGCGAAAGGCACCACUUUGUCAGCAACAUGCCUCUCCCUGGAGGUUCAGUGAGGACCAUGCAUUUUUGGUCCAGUGUUACUACAGAAGGAAACUGGAGUGCUUGGAGAAAGUCUGCGAUGUUUGAUCAAGUUCAACUGAAAGCAUAUAUUUCUCGCAUGUGACUGUAGCGGUUUUAGGAACUUUUUAUCGUGGUUACAGAAGAGAAAAACACAGACACUAUUAACCACUAUUCCUUCAGUCUUCACCAAUACUCCACAUGCAUGUAAAAUGAAAUAUAUACAUUUUGCUUUCUUUAGGAACCCUUUCCGAUCGUGAACUGCGAACCCUUCUGACAAAAUUCAACGAAAUUCCUCUCAAAUCGGACACGAUAAAGAAAUUCCUUGAACAGCUACGGAAUUGCUCUCGUAUCCUUGACAACUCUACGAGUAGCGCUCGACCUCCUUCCGAGCGUCAAUAUGGCUACGACUUACCUCCGAUCACUGAGACCUUACUCCAACAUUGCGAACCAAUCAUGAAACAGCUCAAUAACACGAAGAAAAAAGAGAGCAAAUUUAAGCACGAAAUUGUCGGCGAAGAAGAUAUCGUUUUUAAGAUGAUAAAAAAUAACGCUACACAUGUCCUGAAGCAACUGGACGGAAUCAGAAAAAACAAGAAAAAGUUUAUAUGCUUGAAUGAUAAUAUCGACCACGAGAAGGUCAACGCCUCAGUAGUGAAGGGGAUUUUGGUGGAUUUCUACGAAUCUGUAUUCCCGACGCCGUCACAGUUUGAGCUGCCAAAAAAUUCAAGAAAUCAAUUUCUGUAUAUGGACGAGCUCAACUCGUGGAAAAAUGAGAAAAUGAGGAUGGAUUUUAUUUCUGAUUGGAUACUGAUGGUGGUGUUGAUGGUGAUGAUGCUCUAUGUUUGUCGGUGUCCAAUUAUGUAUGUGGUACGCCGUUUUGUGGGGGUUUUAAGGCGACGAGUUAGGACACCAAGGAUGACUAAUCCUACGUCGACGAGAUUGCUAACGGUUUGAACGUUUUAGUCAGUUUUAUCGAGAGUAUAUGAGACCGGGAUAAAAUCAGAGCGGGACGAAAUUCACAUCAUGUUUACACAAAACAGCGACAGAAAUUUUUUUGAGUAUUUCGAAAAUGAAAUUUACAAUCAAUGUUGUAUAGUCUUAUGACUCUUAUCUGCAAUUGUCUAUGAUGAGUGUCGUUCUAGAUUUCAUGCCAGAUUGAGAGGUCCCAGGUUCGAUUCCUCGCCGCACCAACAGCGUGGCGCACUGCCCCAGCAAAACCAGGGCCGGAUAGACUCCCUCGCUGUACACAAUGCUUCUUCGACCCUACUUAAUACAUUCAUUCCCGUUUCGAAUUCGGCCUGGCUUGGAGAUUGUCGGUUCGGUCAAGUUUUAGACCAGCACAUGUUUGCUACGGUGGCACUGCGGCGUACAGUAAGUGCCGAAUAUAUAGUGACAACAUGAUCGAAACGUCCCGCUCUGAUGUCGUUUUGUUUUUGUUUUCCUGUAAACCAGAAGUUGCAUGUAUGCAUUUCUGUAGGAGUCUGGUAUAUUAUGAAUUGCUAUUUAAUAGAAUCAAAUUAAGAUGUGAACAUUUUAAAAUGUAUUUCUGUACAAGAUAACCAAAUUAUUUGUUAGUAAAAUAUUUAAUAUGUUCUCUGAAAAUUAGUGAAUCAAGCCUUCGUGUUUUCCACUUCAAACGUAUCGUAGCGAAACGUAGCGUAUUUCACUGUUUCCAGCGAGUGGAAUCAAUAACUUCGAUACAAACAAAAAUUCUUCAAUGUGUUAUGAUACGGUUGAAGGAGAAAACAGGCUUUAGGAUGAAGUUGUAUUAAACUGAUAGAAAACUGAUGUAAUUAUCAUACGUGUAGAACCAUCUUAUUUAAUAGGGUUAAUUAAAUUUCUAAAUUAUAUCUGCCUAUCAUUGUGUCAGUAUAUGACUAUAUUAUUAAUUUAUUUGUCUGAUAAUUUGAUAAUUAAACUUCAAGGAUGGCUCCAUAAAGUUGCUUUUAGCUAUCCUUUACCCUAACAGUAAGCCCCGUUAGCGAGUCCAGCAUCGUCCAGAAUUGUUCGACGUGCAACUAUAUGUUGGAUAAUGUUGGGUGAAAAUUUUCAACCAAGUCAAACCCAAUUCAACACCAGCCAACAUUACCCCCAACACACACGAGUGUUGAAUCAACAAUGGUGAAUGAUGUUGGAUGUGUGAAUGUGAAUGACGUGUUUAGCCUCUUUUGAACAAAACUUUAUAUUUUACAUAUACUUUUAUUGAUAACAUACUUUUGAUUGAUCUAUUUCAUCAGUGGGUCAGGUAAUUCAGACAUGAUUUGGCUUGGAAAUGGGACCGACCUGCCCCCCCUCCCCCCCUCCCUGCAUGCCUGUCCCCAAACCAAGAGUCUAUGUCCUCUUUGUUAAAACUAAUCUUCGAAUUUCUUCCCGAUGUCGUCUUUUUAUUGUUUUAAGACGAUGUGAUAUACUCAGACAAGAAGUUUUUAGUUCUCUUAGUAUUUCGUCGUCGUCAGGCGUCCUUUCAGGAUGAACGGAGUUGUCU